AUGGUGGUCACGCCCUUUCAGGCCUACAGGAUAGAAACUAAGACUGGUCCACAUGCUGCUUUUCACAAUGCAUACUCAUAUAAGUUACCAAAGCUCGGAGAUAAUGACAUCGACACAGAAGAAGAUAACUGUGCCCUUGAUCCUAUACUGCUGGCUGCGAUCAUAUCCUCAUUUAACGAACUGGAACUAAAAAUUUUUGGACGUAGUUUCCGUAGUGUUAGUUCGAAUGAAAUUGAUGAAAAAAAGGCAGAAGACCAGAUAUUGAUGGAUCAUUGCGAUAUUUACGAUAUUGCCAAACAACUUGCAGAAGAUUACUGCAGUGGGUCCACAGUUGAUUGCGAAAAGGCUUGUGCUAUUAAGACUUGGAAAUCCACGAACAUGCUAGACCUGAGUGAGCACUACAGAACAGUUGUGAAAACGUCGGGUACCAAGCCCUUGGAGGUUUGGAAAGCUGCUGCAUCCGGUUGGAAAGGUGGACAGCUAGAACAAAAACUACUCUUCUCGGCUGCAGCUGGAUGUGGGCAUGCAAUCUGUCAAGAGAAUGUCACUGUUGUUUGUCUUUUGGAACAUGUGAUUAUAUCGAAUUAUUGGAAUUUUGAAAUGGACGACGCAUCCUUAUCUGAUGAAGUGGAUGAGGCCAAGGAACAGCAAGAAGCGGAAAUUGUAAAAGAGCCGAUCAGAGAGGAACCUGAGAGGGAAGAGCUUUUGAUACCAGAAGAAUCUCGCCUGCACUUAAGAGCUCUUGGUUCCUGCUCUGGAACUUGA